AGUUCGUUUCGAACGCGAGUCCGGUGUAGACGUGCAAAAAUCGUGUGCCGUGUGCGAAUUCAGUCCGGUGUGGAGUCCAAAAACCGGGGGGAAGGUCCACCAAGGUGUUGUGUGAGUGAGUGGGCUACCAAGUGAAGGCGUUACAGGCGUUACUGGUCGUUUUUUUCCCUUGUCCGUGGUGGUGCUAAACAUUGGGGCAGAGUUGAUUUAGAGUGAGUGAGGCAUAGCGGGGCAUAGCCCGUAAGCGUCCACCUACGCGCCAUGAGAGAAGACGACGGAGUGGAGCUUGAAAUUGUGGUAGGCCAGCUUGUGUGCGGUUUUGAUGCGUAACCUGUUGGGGAUGUUCAAGAUGUGAGCUAAUGAUACGGUACGUGGAAGCGUGAUUAAAGGGAAUUUCUAGUGCAAGUAUUUGAUUGGUGUUUGCAAGAAAGCGAAUGUGAGUGAAUAGGAUAUUCUAUAGGAAAGUAUGUGACAUUGGUCAAUUUAUUCAUUGGUUGGGAGUUCAUUUGAGUCACCGGGCUCGAGCAGUGCUCUCGAAAAUUCGAUCCUAAAUAUUCAAUUUGAUGAUAAAAUAAGAAAAGGAUCGAUAAAUCUAAAACCGGUUCAAUAUCCAACCCUUCGUGUAUCCGAAACUCAGUGUCGCCGGUGUCUAAGUGAUUUAUAUUCGAAAAACGAAGAAAUUAAACAAAAAAUGCCAUAUAUGAAUUACAAAAUUAAGUGAAACAUUGGCAGUGGAUUAUUUUUGCAAAUAACACACGAUUCGAAGCUGUAAGCAUAAAAGCCGAUAAACAGCCUGCAACAUCACCACACCGCAGCACGCUGAUGAGUAGGUGAACUUGUUUUGCUUGCCGCCUCCGAAAUAAAACGUCGUUGAUUAAAGAGUGAUUCCACGGGGGACGACGUCUUCGAGUGGUGGUGCAGAUCUGGAAUGAAGAAAAAGGUGUACCAGUGGCCAAAGCAUCCGUAGACCCCGAAGUGCAGUGAACUCCAUUGAAAAGUAAUACCCCCAUAUGUGUGCACGUUGUGUGGUCAGCACUCCCGAUACCAAGUCCAGUUCAACGCCAUAAAUUUCCAUCGGUUGGCUGCACAAAAAGUCAAGCUCAUCGUUCCCAAGCGCCACCCAAAAGGACGACGAACGCUAGGACCAAGGAUUAAGCUGAGUGCUUUGCUGCACAUCCCUCUGGGACGAAGAAGGUUCACAAUAUUUGAUCAUGCUUGAAUGCAGCCACAUAAAAUUUUAAUCCCCAAAACGAGGCCGAAAUAGGACCAAGGUUCAGGAAAAGCUUUUUCCAACGAUGACGAAUUCGGUCAAGGUACUUGACUGAAAAUGGAAAAAUCUCAUCCCAGCGAGAUUGAAAUGAAACUCAUUAAUACCCGGUGUCAAAAGUUGUGAGGCUUUCCCUGUCCGACGACGACGAGAGGAAGAAAAUCGGGACAUGUGUCCGAAAACUCAUUUUGCCGUGAUGCGGUCGAACCAGAUUCGCUGUCGUCAUCCCACACCGCCGAAGGGAAUUUACCGACCGAGAAGUGUUUAGUUAGUGCUUGAAACGGUCCCAUUCGGAGACAAAUUUGAAUCAACUCGACUCGGGGAAAUUUUUCCCCGUGAGUACAAACUUUGGGAAAAUUGAUUUUCCGAAGCGAAAAGUCGCGUUAAGCGUCGGAAGAAAAUAAAUAAAAUUCAAAUUGAAUUUUGUCUCCUUUUACUCGUGGAUGUGACAAGCCCGAAAAAAAUAACGACGCUGAUCGGGAUCAGUACGGUAAAGUGAAUUGCGAUAAACUUAAUCAUUGAAACGCAAAACAAAUUUGCGAAUAAUCCAGGAAGAGUGCAAAAGUUGACGAAAAAGUUCUACGACAGCGAUAUUUCCACGUCCUUAGCAUCGAAAAUAAUUAUCCCAGUGAAGUGCGUGGGUAAAGUGCUCCCUCAUUCUGAUAAAGUGCUUUCAAUAGUGUGCAAUUGAGAAGCCCACUCAUUCGGAAUAUAAUCACCAUCGAGUGCGAGGCUGGCCAAAAGAGCACCGGUGUAAAAUUCAAAUAGGAAAGCCGAAAUCAGGAAUCCGACCGGCAGCAAAAUGACGAACAAAAUGGCCAUGGAGUGGAUUACGGCCAUCGACAAGAGGCCCUGCGAGCGCAAUAUGCGGGAUUGCGAGUUGAUAUCCUGUCGGUUGCGCCGGGUGGAACCUCUCUGCCGCCUUCCCGGUUCGGCCCUGCAGCAGCUGGCCAUGUGUGGCUUCUACGAGGAUCUGGAAAAGGGAGUCACAUUGUUUCGAGCUGGCGAGCAGGGUCGUUACUGGUAUGCGGUGCUCGGAGGUCAGCUGGAGGUUCGUUACCACGGAGCGGAAGCCAAGGAUAGCAAGCUCUCGGUGACGCUAUGUAAUUUGGGCGUUGGGGCAACCUUCGGCGAAAGCAUCCUGCACGACCUGCCCCGAGACAGUACGGUGGUGACGAAGACGACCUGCGAGCUGCUUCGGGUGGAGCAGGAGGAUUUCCGACUGAUAUUUGAGAAAAAUAAGGAAUUAAUGAACGACAUAAUCUCCAACUGCAAAUUAAAAAAUGGUUUCGGACAGAGCAUGCAGACCACCAGCACGAUUCAGUCCGGGAUCAAUCAACAGCAGCAGCAGCCGUCACCGACCAAAAAACAGCUGAGCCCGGAUCAUCCCAAUCCGGCGCUGCCAAUCACCGAGGCUCCCAGUCCUGCCAUGUCCCGGAUGGGUUGGGCCUUGCGGACGCUCCUCGUAUCGGACAACACCAGCUGCCUCAAGGAUCGAAAGGUGGGCGGCAAGUUUAUUCGCAAGUGCGCCCCCGGUACGGAACUGGUCGACUGGCUGCUGAAUCUGUCCCCCAUCGUGCACACCCGAACACAGGCGGCCGGCAUGUGGCAAGCCCUGGUAGAGGAAGGCGUCCUAAGUCAUGUGGCAAAAGAGCAACCCUUCAAGGACAAAUGCUUUCUGUAUCGGUUCAAGGUGGACGAGGAUGGAACGGCCGGUGGAGCGCCAUCUUCCGACGAUGUCAGCCAAGCAAACGACCACAUACGGGAAGCGCUGCCUGGACUUCUGCACCGAGGUCCGGACGCCACGCUGAGAAUGAUUCUUCGGAAACCAUCUCACGAGCGAACGCACGAAGAGCUGGAACUGGUCUACGAGGAACUGUUGCACAUUGCCGCCCUGUCGCACCUGUCGACGUCCAUCAAGCGGGAACUGGCGUCGAUCAUCGUGUUCGAGGCACACGCACAUGCCGGGACUGUGUUAUUCAACCAAGGUGACGAGGGUCGCUCCUGGUACAUCCUGCUCAAAGGUUCGGUCGAUGUGGUCAUCCAUGGCAAGGGUACCGUCGCGACGCUCAAAGAGGGAGACGAUUUCGGCAAGCUGGCCCUGAUCAACGACGCUCCCAGAGCGGCAACCAUCGUGCUCAAAGAGAACAACUGUCACCUGUUGCGAGUCGACAAGGAACACUUCAACCGGAUUCUGCGGGAUGUCGAGGCGAACACGCUGCGGUUGCAGGAGCACGGCAAGGACGUACUAAUCCUGGAGCGGGUCGCUAAACAGCGAGGACACUCGGCUUUCAAAUACACUGUGAUGUCCGGCACGCCACAAAAGAUGCUGGAACACCUGCUGGAGACAAGACUGGGCGGUCAGGCGGGACCAAACGAUCCGUUUUUGGACGACUUUCUACUGACCCACAUCGUGUUCAUGCCGACGCCGAUUCUGAUCGAUGAGCUGGCGAGCACCUACCACGCCGACACCGAAGUGGACAUGCGGACCGCGAGCGAAGAGGACCAGGAGUACUUUAUGACCUGCAAACGGCGGGUGGUGCAGUUCAUCCAGCGGUGGGUCCUGGCGGUGCGACAUGCCGUGUUUGACGACCCGCUGGCGGUGGAGUUUAUCGAGGAGAUUGCAACAGACGUUGAACAGGAGGGCGUACUACAGGAGGAGGCCAGUAUCAUACAUCACGUGCUGACGCAAUUAUCACGAUAUCAGGAGGAUCGACAGAUGAACGCGAGCCAGAAGUGGAAAUUGCCACCCAACGGACAACCCAUUUGCCUAUUCAGUGGAAACACACACUCAAAGACUGUUAUACGACCGGAUGAUGACAUCAUCUUCCGCGUCUACUGUGCGGACCACACCUACUGCACCCUGCGCUUCCCGAUGGCGGCAACGGCCGAGGUCAUCAAGGCUUGCGCAGCCGACAAGCUGCAACUGGCCCGGAUGCCCGAGGACCUGCUGCUAGUUGAGGUGAAAUCCAACGGCGAGCGGAUGGUUUACAAGGACAACGAUGUCAGCAUACCGACGGCCCUAAGCUUGAACGGGCGAAUCUUCGUUUCACCAAAGGACCACCUCGAUGCACUGACACCGCUUCCGGAGCAGGAGCUGCCGACCGAAGCGCUGGACAUGGACUUUGAAGCGUUACCGACCAAGGACGUUGCCUACCACAUGACGCUAUUCGAUUGGGAUUUGUUUUGGGCUGUGCAUGAGUACGAACUACUAUAUCAUACCUUCGGGAGACAUCAUUUCAAUAAGAUAACUUCAAAUUUGGACGUUUUCAUCCGGCGCUUCAACGAAAUCCAAUACUGGGUGGUGACCGAAAUCGUGUCGACGUCCAACCUGACCAAGCGAAUGUCCCUGGUGAAGAAGUUCAUCAAACUGGCUGCUUUUUGCAAGGAGUACCAGAACCUGAACGCAUUCUUCGCCAUCGUAAUGGGCCUAUCGAACAUGGCUGUGUCGCGGCUGUCCCAAACCUGGGACAAACUGCCGUCAAAGUUCCGAAAGUUGUUCACGGAGUACGAAGCGCUGAUCGAUCCCAGCCGGAAUCAUCGGGCGUAUCGAAUGUCCGUCGGAAAGCUUCAACCCCCGGUGAUCCCCUUCAUGCCCCUGCUGCUCAAAGACAUGACGUUCGCCCACGAGGGCAACAAAACCAGCCUCGAUGGAUUGGUGAAUUUCGAGAAGAUGCACAUGAUGGCACAAACGAUGCGAACCGUACGGUACUGUCGAUCCAGGCACCUUGUAUUGGAUCCUCCCUCGCCGAAGAACGAAAACGAAAUUCGCCAAUACAUCAGCUGCUUCCGAACUAUCGACAACCAAAGAGUGCUGACGGCCAUGUCCCAGAAGGUGGAACCCCGGCGGUCAUAAAGCGGAGAAGUAACUGGAAUUCAACUCGAACGAAGACGGGCUAAACAACGACGGGGACCGGAACGCGCGGUGGGUCUGAAGCAGAGCCGCACCGGCAAAAACGUUUCCGUGCAAAACAUUCAAACAAUAAUUUGGUAGAAUUUAUGUAUACUGGUACGUGGAUGGUACGUGUUUAGGAAGCAUAUCGAGUAUAUCGUUUCGUCGAAGGAUUCCUCCGGUUUUUGGAGGGGUUCGCGAUCACUAUUUUUUUUUUCUCCAUUCGAGGAUUAGUUAGGAAGAGUGCGCGAGUCUGGUUCUAAUAUGUGUGUGUGUAUACUUUCUCGGUGAUCCUGGUGUAUAUGUGUGCGUAUGUGCAUGUCAAGUAUUAUCGUAUUGGAUGAAAAAAGGCCAGACAGAGAACUAGUGUUAUACCUACGUACAAAAUGCGAUAACAUUGAAGCGAUAAGUUUUACUCAGUCAGUAUCUCACAGUUAAUGAUCACGUACUUAUAAAAUUAUAACAUUAUGUUUUUUUUUCUUCCAAAAAUAUUUUCACGAAGUGAUUACAAUAUGUUGACAUUAACUAUGCUUUGUCUAUAAAAUUAAGUUCUGUAAUUAUAUCGUUUAUUUGUCUCAGUUAAUAUUUAUUUCUGUUGAUAAUAAUUUCAAUAAACUUUUUGUUCUGUAUCUA